AUACAAGCCCCUCGUCGCCAUGGCCUCAGCAGCAAAGAGCGUGUGUCGCACAGCAGCGCGCCAAUUGCGCUCCAACCAACGCCCACACUUCCAAUCCGUCUCCCGACCAUUCAGCACCACUCGCCGCACCCUCGCCGCAGACAAGAAGGAAUCCUCAGGCAGCGAGGGCUACUUCAACCGUGCCUUUUACAACCGUCUCGAUCGCGAUGACCAGGCUUCAUACACAUCGCUCACACCGGAUGAACGCCAGAAGAUGGAGAACGUAGACAGUGCUCUGCGCGACCAUUUCGCAAAGGACAGUCGCACCCACCGUGAGAUGGAGGACAACAUUGCCGCUGAGCUGGAGGCGCUGGAUUUCGAAUUCCCUGCUGGUCCCGUUGAGAGAGAGCCCAAGAACAAUGGUUUCUUCCAGAUGGGCGAGAAGGAGGAUAUUGGUCCUGAUGAGGAUGAUUUCCAGGGCGAUGAUAUUUCGAGUUUGGGUCAUGGAGAAUUGGAGCAGACGAGGGAGAUUAGAGAGUAUGCACGUUUGGCAGGCUGGGAGAUGCCUUUGUUGGCGAAUCUCACACAACCCUUCACACCACCCACAGCCGCCACACCUCUCCGUUUCCGCUACACAACCUACAUGGGUGAACAACAUCCCGCAUCACGAAAGGUCGUCGUAGAAUUUGACCCCUCGGACCUCAGUCUCACCCCCGCACACACCCAAAACCUGAUCAAGCUGGCCGGUGUACGCUACAACCCUGUGUCCAAACUCGUAAAGAUGAGCUGCGAAGACCACGAGACCCAAGCACAAAACAAGCGCUACCUUGGAGACACCAUCAAGGGCUUGAUCGCAAAGGCAAAAUCACCAGAGAGCGAAUGGCUCAAGGACAUCCCCGUGGACUUCAGACACGCAAAGCCGAAGAAGCGAUUCCAAUUCCCCGAGGAGUGGCUGUUGACCGAAGAGAGAAAGAAGGAGUUGGAAGCAAGGAGGGAAGCCAGAGAGUUGGCACAAAAGACAAAGAUGGAGAGCCCGGCUGGUUUGAUUGACGGUAUCAAGGAGAUCGAGGAGGCCAGGAAUAUCGAUCUGUCUAGAGUGGAAGCUCCCUUGAUGGCAGAGGCCAAGCAGCCCAUGGCCAAGGGUAAGCAAGGCAAGAAGGAGAUGAGACAGGGAAGAGCAUAGAUUGAUCUCCCUCCUUCUUGACCUCCUCCACUGCACAUAUAUACUUGUACGAUA